AUGCCGCUCCUCUUCCUGCUCCUGCUCCUCCUCCCCCUCCCGCAUUCCACCGCUGCCUCCCACGGCAGCGGCGGGGCAGCGGCGCGCCUGAACGGGCUGGCGGAGGAUCCGCUGGCGGACGACGACUCGUUCGCGCGCCUGGCGGAGGCGGACAAGCGGCGGUGGGCGCAGGGCGCGGCGGAGGACGCGGGACUGGCGGCGAAGAUGCGGCGGCUAGCGGAGGUGGAGGUGGUGACGCGCGUGCACGUGCGGCUCGUGGGGUUCGACGGCGACCGCGACGACAACAGCAACCUCCGCGUGCAGCCGGGCGGAGGCGAUCUGGGAGAGAGGGAUGAGAGGACGAGUGGCGUGGGGGGAUGGCAGGAGGAGGCGGCGAGGGGAGUGUUGGGAAUGGGGAGCGGAAAGGUGGCAGCCCAUCCCUUUCGUCCUUCUCCCCAACUCACCCGUGUGUCCCCCUGCCGUGCUCACCACCCGUGUGUCCCCCUGCCGUGCUCACUCCACUCGUGCCACCCAUGCCGCCAUUCUCCCUCACUUGCGUCCUCCCUCUCCCCGCUGCUGCCAUGCCAUGCCAUGGGGGGCAUUGGUGUGUGGGGGGGCAUUGAUGUGUGGGGGAUGAUUGGAGGAGAUGACAAAGUUUCUCAAAACGCUCAAACCAGACAACGUCUUCCGAGCCAUUCACGGCGAGUCACACGCGCUGGCAGUGCGGCAGCGCGUGGCGUUCUCAGUGUCGCGUGCGCCCAGGCGCCUGGCCUCUGCCAUCUCCGCUGA